CGGAGCCUGCCGCCCACACCCUUUCUGUCCACCCCUGCCCGCCUGGCCAGGGCCCGGCUGCCCCGUGGAUGAGCCACCGGACCUCCUCCAGCUUCAGAGCGGAGAGAAGCUUCCACUCCUCCUCCUCCUCCUCCUCCUCGUCCUCGUCCUCUGCAGCCCGAGCCCUCCCAGCCCAGGACCCACCCAUGGAGAAGGCCUUGAGCAUGUUUUCUGAGGAUUUUGGCAGCUUCAUGCGGCCCCACUCGGAGCCCCUGACCUUCCCAGCCCGUUCUGGGGGGCCGGGCAACAUCAAGACACUGGGAGAUGCCUAUGAGUUUGCAGUGGACGUGAGCGACUUCUCCCCUGAAGACAUCAUCGUCACCACGUCCAACAACCACAUCGAGGUGCGAGCUGAGAAGCUGGCAGCUGAUGGCACGGUCAUGAAUACCUUCGCCCACAAGUGCCAGCUGCCGGAGGACGUGGACCCCACCUCGGUGACCUCGGCCCUGAGGGAGGACGGCAGCCUCACCAUCCGGGCGCGGCGACACCCGCACACAGAGCAUGUCCAACAGACCUUCCGGACAGAAAUCAAAAUCUGAGGGCCUCUCCCUUCCCCGGCCCUCCCCCGGCUCCCCCACCCCCACCCCCACUGGUCUGCCAGAGUUUUCCUAACCCCCUAAUGACAUCUUCCAGGACAUCUCAACCCAAGUUCCAGCCCUGACACCCCAAGAUCCCAACCAGGCCUUCUGCUCUGCCCAGGACAGGCCGGGCCCCCUUGCCUACCUGUGGCCCCAGAUUCCAGAUGUGGCCUUUUGCUCAAUCUAGAACAGCAACUGGGGUGGGGAAAGGAAGAUCCCAAGGAACCCCCUUGGGGAAGGGAGAUGAGGAGAGGCAGGAUCUCUGGGCAACUAAUCUGCGGGACAGACAGGUGACCUGCGGAGUCUCUGCAGGGCAGGGGCGAGAAGGGGACCUGGGACCCCACUGGCCAAGGGCAGCAGGAGAGGCAGAAGGUGAGGCACAGGCAGAUCUCCAGGGGGCCAGGGGGGCCAGAAGAAGACAGCCAUAAUGGAACCCUCCCCUUUUCCACUCUCUAAGCCCCAAACCAGCUGUCAGGCUGCCUGCCCACCUGGUGCCCCCAUCCCGCCAGCUGUGCCAGGACAGGGCCACAUUGUGUCUGUAUACAGAUGGGGUUUUUCCAAUACAGCUGGUUCGUGAUAAACCUUGUGAAACUCCUGCCAUCUGUCACCUGCUCAUGUCCCCAGGCAAAGCCAGGCUGAGGGCGGGGCUGGUCCUUCAACCACCCCACUGCUCCCCCAGGCCUGGCUCCUGGGGCGUCCCGAGCAGAGGUGGGGGAGAGAGCAUGGUGGGGCUUUGGGUCUGAAGGUAGACCAGUGUCUUGCCGACCUUCCCCAUGGCCAGUGGCCUGCUCCGUCCUUCCCCUCCAGUCUGUGCAUCUAGGGUUCGGUGUGUGUACCACACAGCGGACACGCACCUGCCGCCCUUCAAAUGCUAAGCAUUACCAUCGGCUGAGUCCAAGUUCGGAAUUCUAAAAUCAGAUUGCAAUUUCCUUUUUAUCAACGGGGAAACUGAGUCUCUGAGCAGCUGAAUGUCCAACUUGCUCACCAAAGGUUGGAUUCCAACCCAGGAAGUCGGAAGCUGCUCUCAAAAUGCCCCCCACCCCUCUGUGCCCUGGGAAGUAGUUCCCCUCUCUCUGCCUCCCUUGGCCUAUGCCCCCUGCCCCCCAUCUUUCUGCUGGAGACUGCCCCCAACCCAGUUCCCUCCGAGUCCCCAGGCCAGGGCAGGGACCUCCAGACAGCCUUCAUUCUGGGGCGCCUCUGCUGCCCGCGGUGAGCCUGGCUCAGUCUCCACACACAAAAACUGGAGUAAGGGGCGGGGUGGUUCACAGUUAGUGGGGGCCCCCUGGGGCCAGCCUCUACUCUCUGUGCCCCGGUCUGUGUUCUGUAGGGUGGCCUCUCACCCCUACCAUUCUGAGGCCCCCAGGGGAUGACUGGGGGAGGGGGCACGGGAGGGUCCUGGCAUUGUACC